GCGCAUGGACGGGCCCGGGGCGCGGGGCCCGCGGCGCCGCCAUGAGGAAGCAGAGCGUGCGCACGGCCGCGCUCAUCCUGUGCAUCCUGUCCUACCUGCUGGUGGGCGCCGCGGUCUUCGACGCGCUCGAGUCCGAGGCGGAGCGCGGCCGCCAGCGGCUGCUGGCCCAGAAGCGCGGCGAGUUCCGGAGGAAGUACCGCUUCUCGGCCGAGGACUACCGCGAGCUGGAGCGCCUGGCGCUGCAGGCCGAGCCGCACCGCGCCGGCCGCCAGUGGAAGUUCGCCGGCUCCUUCUACUUCGCCAUCACCGUCAUCACCACCAUCGGGUACGGCCACGCCGCGCCGGGCACGGACUCGGGCAAGGUCUUCUGCAUGUUCUAUGCGCUCCUGGGCAUCCCCCUGACGCUGGUCACCUUCCAGAGCCUGGGCGAGCGCCUGAACGCGCUGGUGCGGCGCCUCCUGCUGGCGGCCAAGCGCUGCCUGGGCCUGCGGCGGCCGCGCGUGUCCACCGAGAACAUGGUGGUGGCCGGGCUGCUGGUGUGCGCCGCCACCCUGGCCCUCGGGGCCGCCGCCUUCGCGCACUUCGAGGGCUGGACCUUCUUCCACGCCUACUACUACUGCUUCAUCACCCUCACCACCAUCGGCUUUGGUGACUUCGUGGCGCUGCAGAGCGACGAGGCGCUUCAGAGGAAGCCGCCCUACGUGGCCUUCAGCUUCCUCUACAUCCUCCUGGGGCUCACGGUCAUCGGCGCCUUCCUCAACCUCGUGGUCCUGCGCUUUCUGGCGGCCAGCACCGACGCGCCCGAGCGCGCCACCCGCCGCGCCAGCCCGCUCCGCCUGGGGGCGCCCGAGAGCCGCGGCCGCCCUCCGCCCCGCUGCCCUGCCCGCGCCGGGGGCUCCGCCUCCAUCUCGUCCCGCGUGCACCGGCUGCAGCUGGGGGCCCGCGACAACCUGGCCUUCUCACCCCCCUCGAGCCCUGGGGCUGUGGGCGGCGGCACGGUGGGCAGGCCCCCGGCCCGGCGGAAGUCCAUCUGACAGCCCUGUCCCGGGCCCCGGACGGUGGGGGUUGGGGGAGGUCGAGGGAACAGGAGGGGCUAGGGUCACCUGUCAGGGCAUGUUCCCCAGAGCUUGGAGAGGGUAGAGGGGCUGUGGCCUCAGGGCCGUCUUCUGCCACGAGCAGUGUCUUUCCCUUCUGUGGCCAGCCCCUCCCUCCUCUCCAAAAAUCCAUUACAGCCACACCUUAAGCACAAGCACGUCCUGUAGGUGCAAAUCCCCGUGGUCCGAACUGUUUUAGGAAGGCGCGGCCACAUCAGCCACCCAGGAGAGGCUCUCCACAGGCCCAUGUCAUCAGCUAGCCCUCCCGAGUGGAAACAGGUGGCUGUUUCUCCGCUGAGAGAGGAGGCAGGUUUUCCGUGUUGUAAGGGAAAAUGCGGGACUUUCAACCCUGGGAGGCAGGCAGUGAGGCAAGCUGCUCACACCAGGAGAGGCAUGGGGAUCGGAUGCACUGAAGGGAAACAGCUCCUGUCCCCGAGUGUAGGGGCGGACAAAUCUGCACUAUUUAAAAGAUUGCUCAUCCUCUU